CUCUCAAAGCGUGCGGAUGUGCGCCGUCCGUACUCGCGUCGAGUGUUGGGUUUUGAAUUCUACCAGUGCUACGUAAAAUAUGCAAAGGACGGCAAAUGUAGGAACGUGAAACCAAAGCCAAGCUGAAACGCAAAAACAAAACCCCCCCACGGCUCCCUGAUCCCCCCCCCAAAAGCGCCCUUCAACGGCGCAACGGUGCAACAUCAAUGCUAUUCAAAUGCCGAAACUGCAACGGUUUCGCAACAACGUCAACAAGUUAAACUACGUUAGAAAGAUUCCUUUUGCUUCGCUAAAAUAAUCUGUAAAACGCUAUUUAUGUAUUUAUCGUCGUCGCUUAACUUAUUUAUUUAUUUAAAUUAUUCAACCGUUUCGUUUUGCUGCGCUGUGGAACGUCAACGGCAAAAGAAAAAGAACAAAACCAAUCCAACAAAUCUAAUGCUAGUUCUUCAAAGCACCUGUUUCUAAGUCGAGUCAACCGCUUCUUCGCUAAGUAAUUUAUUCGUUUUCGAGUGUAAGCAAAUUUGGCGCCACAAAUUUGGAAGUUCUCAACCAAAAACCCAAUACAACAACAAAAAAAACAACCCUGCGCCUGCAGCACGAGUGCAUUCAUCGUUGGGAGGAAACGCGACAGUACAAAUUUAUAAGAAAAACGUUAAACAUCCAUCACCACCACCCAGAGAUGCGCUGAGAAGACAAACAACGGCGGGGUGUAUAGCAAAAAAAACAACAAAAAACCUACCAAAAAGAUAAAAGCCAACAGAAAGAGAGAGAGAGAGAGCGUUAAUUAUACACAAUCGUAUACCCACCCACCACCCCAUUCCAACUGACGAAAGCCGUAAUUUCGACAAUAAGGCCAAAUUGCAUCCAGUGACGCAUAAAGAAGCAAGAAGCGAACGCGCAUCAACGGUGCAUAAAAUCGCGAAAAGUCUACAAAACGCACGCGUUUACGCAUCGAAACUCAUCUAAAGCCCAGUUUCAUACAAACCAAAAGCAAAUACAAAACACAACCAAUCAAAGUACAAAGUAAAUUACAGAGGAAAGUAUUUAGUAUUUAAUAGCACAGAGUCUAAAACAAGAGAUAGUAAAGCAAAAAACAAAGAGCCGCAGAAGAAGGGGAAAAAAACCCCCGCACACAUAUACACGCUAUAAUACAAUCGCAACCAAAAGCAAUCGUGCUCGCGUAGUAGAGGUGUGUGCAAGGCAACGGGUGCGCGAAGGUGGAAUCAAAGUGUUCAGGAAUCGUCCGAAUCCAACCAAACCAAAAAAGAAACACAAAACAAUUUUUAAAUAAUUCUUAGCAAAAGAAAAGAAGUCAACCCCCAGUGUGUGUGCGUGCGCGCGUGUGAAGUGUAUUUUUUUUUGUUUGUCGUGCGUAUUACGCGAAACUGUGUUGUCUAUCGGAAGUGGUUUUUGAAGCAAAAAACAAAACAAAAAACAAAACCUCGUGACCUGUACUAUUUAUCGGAAAUAUCCCAACAGUCCCGGGAGCUACCUAGCAAGUAAGCAAUCUUGAGCGGUGUUACAAAGAGAAGAACAAAACAAAAACGCAGAUAAUUCUAAAUUAUAACCUCAAUUUUCGGGUAGUUCAAGCCGACUACACGCUAUUUUUUAUACGUGCAAAAGCAAUUUUUCCUAGCGUGUAAGCAGUAGGCGGUGAAGGAAGAUAAAAUUUUACAUACCAAAAAUUUAAUGAAAUCAAGCAACCUGCGCCAACGGUUUGUGCUUUCCGAACAGAACUACCUCACUCGUGUGCGGUGUGCAUUGGACAACCUGGUGGCGUGUAGUUGAGUGUGACAGUACGGUGCAAAUAGACAAAGUAAAAACGAUACACGGACGAAGUGCGUUCCUUUUUUUUUGUUUUUCGCGGAAUAAGUGAGUGUUACGGUCGUUCUAGUCGCGCGUCGCGAGUGUUCUUACGGUGCGGAAAGUCAGUGCGUGUGUGUGUAUGAUAGUCAAGCAAGAAGGACGAAAGGACGAAAUAGUGAGGCGAACGAGUGAAAUAGUGGUAAUCGUAUGGUAACGUCGGAAGCUCGCCUGGCGGAAGCGAAGAUGCCGCUCGGUCGCGGGUUGCGAUACGGAGCAUGACCUCGAUGAUGAGUGCAAGCACCGCGGACGAUACGACCCAGCAAAGUCUACCGUCGUUCACGUCGUUCUCCGCCGAGCUGGAGCCCUCGUGGGACUACUACGAGCAGCGUCCGGAGCGUUCGAACAGUGCCACGAACGGGUCCACCGAUGUGAUUGCAUCGCAAACGACCGCUAACGGCAGCUACACGCGCCCUUGGGAGAUGGACACCAAGGAUAAUCGGAUGGCGCCCCCGCACGGGCCGCCCGGCACACCGGGUCCACCACCGCCACCGACCCCGAGCGGGUUCGAUCACGGUGGGUUCCCGAAGUUGCCCUCGUUUCAAAGUCAAUUUCAUAGCUUCACCGAAACGGCGAUGGUAACGCCGGAACCAAGUUUACCGCAGGUAACGGCCGUGCCCGUACCGAUCUCACCGAGUUCCGCCUCGCCCGGAACCGGCGGUUCUUUAACGCAGCUAACGCAGCUCACGCCGACACCGUUGCCACCGCUGCCGCAGGGUGGAUUCCACACACUGUCGGCGGUGAAUUCGCGCCCGUACCCGAUCGUACCGGCGGCAAUCCCGGUACGUGAUCUGGCCGGCAUCAAUCACCAUCAGCAUCAGUAUAUCGACGAGCGACACAUUCAGCUCUACCAACCGAUGGCCACAUUCCAGGGCCAAACCAUCCCAACGCUGGCAGUUAUCAAGAAGGAGGUCGUGGAUUAUGAAAUGACAUCGCUCAACAAUGGUGGCACCACGCUGCACCACAGUAACUUCCAGAAUCCGCUGCUCGAUAAUGGGUUGUUCGCACAGAACGGUACCACGGUACAUCAUAUUCAGCAUCAACCGGCCCAGCUGCAGCAUCAUCUGGCGCAACAGCAUCACCAGCAGCAGCAGCACCACCAGGCCACGAUCGUGCAGCACCAGCCCCAGCUGCAACUGCAUCACCAGCACAAUCUGGUCACGCCGUCGGAUCAUCAUCACAAUAACAACAACAACAAUAACAGUGUCGUUGCUGGUCCGACUACGCCAAGCAGUAAGAUGAGCGCCACAUCCGUCCGGUUGGAUCCGGGCACACCGGCCCAGAUAACGCGCAUCGACAACCGGAAGAAGGAGCGCCGGAAAAUAAGAGCACCAUCGCUCGAGUCCAGUGCCGAGUCGGAGGGCAGCGCGAUGGAGAUCGGCGAGAGUGGCAACCCGGGACAGGUGGCAGCCAUCUCCAGCACGGCCAACUUCAAGAGCCCGAUGCACACGAUGAGCAUGGACACGGAUGACGGUGGUACACCGGGCGAGAAAUCGACGAAAAAGAAACGGAAACGUUGUGGUGAAUGUGUGGGAUGUUCCCGCAAGGAUAACUGUGGUGACUGUGCACCGUGCCGUAACGAUAAGAGUCAUCAGAUCUGCAAGACCCGUCGCUGCGAGAAGCUCACGGAGAAGAAGCUUCUUUACGGUCCGGACGGCCAGCUGCUGAAGCCGGAGUCCCGCCGGGGCCGUGGCAAAGGAAGCAAAUCGAAGGCAGCGGCAGCGGCGGCAGCGGCCGCAGCGGCAGGAGCCACCAACGGAAGCGCUAAUGGAGCGAGUGGUCGUGGUCGCAAGGCACUGAAUCUCGGCGCAACACCCAAGAACGUGCCCCAAAACUCGGCCGUCUCGCCCGCACCGGCCUCCCUGCCGCAUCCAUCGCCGAACACUACCAGCGGCACACCGUCGACGCCCAAUGUGCAGGUGCCGGGCAACCCGUCCCAACAGCAGCAGCAACAGCAACUGGUGACCGUGUCCGGUGCGCAGACCGGAACAGCCGCGCCACCGACCGCCGCGAAUACCGCCGCCCCCGGUGUUGUGCAUAACAGUGCGCUGCUAGGCAGUGGCCCCAGCCAGCACCAGCACCAGCAGCAGCAGCAUCAGCAGCAGGCACAGCUGCAACACCAUCUCGUCCGCCAUCCGCCUAUACCAGGUGCUCCACCGCCCGGCGGAGGAGGAGGUCCUGGGAACCUCCAGCAGCAGCAGCAGCAGCAGCAGCAGCAACAACAGCAUCAGUCCAUCAUCAUAAAGUCGGAACCGGCCGUCGAAGUCAUGAAGGAUCAGCCGCAACAGCCGAUGGCCCCGAUGGCGUUCUAUCCCACCUGGCAGGCAGACCCGUCCCAGGGCUGGCAAAAUCAGUUCAUCCAACAGAUUCCACAGAACACUCCCGCUAUCACACCACUGAACUCGCUCGAGUUCCAGCCACAGGGAUACGCUGCAUACCAACCGAACGGUUACGUCCAGACUGCCGGUAUCGGGUUCGAUCCGAACUAUGGCCGCACGUACGCUGCACCACCGGCGGUACAGCGCUACGACUUCCAGGCCAACCAGAUCGCCCCGAUCAACCAGGUGUCGCUGCAGAGCGUCAGCUUUGCGCCAACAGUCACGUACGCCGGCCAGGUGUCGACCGGUCCCGCCACGAUCGUGUCCGGCCACGCCGGCAACAAUCCGCACGACCAGUUCAAUCUGCAGCUCGGUGGCAGCAAGCAACAGCAGCAGCAGUCGACGGCGACGGCAUCGGCGACGUCGGGAAACGACAUGCCUGGAUAUCCACGGGUGAACAGCGUACCGCCGCGCUCACUCAAUUGUAAUGGAUAUUCAGGCCAGCAAGAUUACGGCGGUCUGCAGACGUCGACGACGACAACCACCACCACGGCAGCGAGCGCGAACGGCAACAGUACGUCCUCCGCUAGCGCGUCAUCGUCCCCGUCUGCAUCCACGGUUGCGACCGCUACGAACGCCGGCAACGGCGGCAGUAGCAGCAGCAACAGCAACAGCACCACCACAAACAACAACAAUGGUGGUAGUGCGGGCUCCGCGUCCUCCAUGCACCCACCGCAGGGUGUGCCACAGUCACCGAAUCGGCAACCACCGCGCCCGAACUCGAACCAGCAGCUGUACGCCCAGCAGUCACCGAACCCAUACAACGGGGGCAGCUCGAGCGGUGGCAGCUUGCAGCAGUCGCCGAGCCACAAUGGCAACAACACACCGGUCGGAUACGGCAGUGGCGGUGGACAGAGCGGUAUGCAUACGCCCUCGCCGAUGCAGCAGGGCACACCAACCGACAAUCAGCAUCAGCAAUCGCCCAGCCAUAUGCAGAGCGACUGGGGAUGGAACCAGCAACAGCAGCAAUCGCAGCAGCCCGGGGCGGAUCUGUUCAACCAGUCCGAUCGCGUGAACUUAAACUCGCGACUCAAGACGAUGAUCAUGAGCAAGGGCGACCAGAAGGAUGCGCUCCUGUCGACCGGUGGCCAAUCGCACAUGGGUUCCCACCUGGGGCUGCAGCAGCAGCAGCAGCAACAGCAGCAAACCGGCGCACAGCAAUCGACCGGUCAUUUUUUAUCGUAUAGCCACCAUCUCCGAGAUAGCCUAACGCCGACACAUCUGGGCGGGCCCGGUCCGGGUACGCCCGGGCAGCAGUCGGCGUCGGGGGCCGCUAGCGGUGGCCCCGGCAUGAUGGCCGGUGGCACCGGCAGCGGCAACAGUAACAGCAGUACAGCGAACGAAGGUACUACUAUCGGAGAUGGUGGCGGCAGUGGACUGAUCAACAGUAUCGGCAGUAUUGUUGAUCCGAGUUGGAAGCACCCGCAGGUGGGCGGUGCGGGAAGCAAUAGCAAUGGUAGCGGCGCAAACAACGGUAGUAGUAGCAGUCACGGCAGUACGGCGGCGUCAGUGGCGGCGGGCAUGAAAUCGCCCACCCUCACCGACCACCACCAUCACCAUCAUCACCUACAGCAGCACGAUCAUCUGCUCGGCGGUGAUCUGCACCACGGUGCGAAGCAUUCGGUUUUUGAGCAGAAGCAGCAACUAAUCGACAAGAAUAAUACCGACCCCGGUGGCGGAGGAGGAGGCGGUGGCGGCAUUGGUUCACCGACGGGGGGCGAGAUGAAGGGCAACAAGAUGGGCAAGUCCGGUGGAUCGUCCUCGUCGUCAUCGUCCGGUUCGCCAUCGGCCGGCUCACCGUCCUCCAAGGCGAAGGGAAAGGGCGGCGACAAACAUGGCAAAUCCAAGCACGGUGGGCAUGGCCAUCACGGUCAGCAGCAACACCCGGGACAGCAGCAUCAUCUCGAUCACCUCGGACAGGGGAUUGUGGACACGAAAUCUUCCAGCUAUUCGAGCAGCAGCUCCAACUUUAUGAUGCAUCACGAUCAGCAGCUGCUCCAGCAGCAGCAGCAGCAGAACUACUCGAACAUGAACCAAACAUAUCCCGGCAGUGGCGGUGGCUCAACAACGCCGAACGGAAGUCAGACUUCUGGCUCGCUGCUCGGCUACUCACCGGCCGGUGCAUCCACCAUGAUGGUGGACAGCAAGCUGAUAGACGAUAAGAGUCCACUGAACCGUUUCCGACACGAUUCCCUGUCGAGCGGGUUCAAUCCGCAUCUGCAGACGGGUGGAGCCGGAACCACCGGAGCGUUCCAUCAUCCGGGCGGGUCCGCGGGUCAGACGAGUGCGUCCGGGUACAAUCUGAUGAGCGUGAAGAAGGAGCCCGGCCUGCUGGACGAUGGCCAGUCAACGUUGCCGAAGUUCGACGGUGGAUACGAGAAGAACUAUCAGAAUUUCAUCCGGUACGGUGACUACUGCGACAAUACGCAGUCGGCCGCGUCGCAGGCAUCGGUACAGGCCGGCGGCACAUCAGUGAAGAGUGCCUCCACGGACUACAACAGUUACUACUCGCCGUACGGAAGCUACUCGAGCUACUCCACCCAGAACUACCCGAACUAUCACAACCAGCAGACGGUGGGCGGAGGUUUCGGUAGCGGUUCGGCCAGUAACAGUAACAGCAACAGCAGUCUUCCACCAGCGCAAACACCCGAAGGUAAUGCGUUGCUCUCGCUGCCGGCCAUCUCGACACCGGUCGCACAUCAGACCAACUUCGAGCAGCAGAUCCCCGCACACACGUACCCGAUACCGAAGAACAACAGUCUGCUGCCGGCAACCGAUCCGGUCUCCAUCAAGCUGGAGGCGGACGAUUCCACGUACGGCAGCAUGGGCAACAGCUCCGCGAAUCUGGGCUCGGACCCGGGCAGUGAUCCGGGUGUUGGCAAUCAAUCGUCCGGUGCGGCCGGUACGUUGGCGGAGAUCGACGUGGCGUCUGGGAAUCAAUCCGGAACGACGGCCGCGUCCGGUACGACAGCGGGUGGUGGAACCACACCGACCGCCACCACAACCACCACCACCACCACCACCGGCACGAAAUCAAAGUCGAAAAAGGGUGAAAAGAAAGACAAAUCGAAAGAUAGCCACGGCGAUGGGGCGGACGGCAAGGCGGAAGGUGCAUCGACCGGUGGCGCUAAGAGCAAGAGCAAGAAGGACUCGAAAAACGUCAAGAAGGAACCGGUCGAUCCGGCCCAGAAGGCGGACGACGAUAAGCUGGAGAAAUCGCACAAACCGGAAGCGCCCGAUUGCGAUUGCUUCAGUUCCGGCACGGAUAAAGCACCGUCCGAACCGGGCAGCUAUUAUACGCAUCUAGGCUGUGCAGCAACGCUUGAAGAUCUGCGACGCGAAACGGAACUGCGCGUGGGACUCACCGGCAAACAGCUCCGAAUCGAGAAGGUAGUCUACACCGGCAAGGAGGGCAAAUCGAGCCAGGGCUGCCCGAUUGCGAAGUGGGUCAUCCGGCGUGUCGACCCGGAGGAGAAGCUCCUGUUUGUGGUGAAGCGCCGGCAAGGGCAUCGGUGUAAGGCAUCCUUCAUUGUGAUCUGCAUUGUGGUGUGGGAUGGCAUUCCGAACCACGAAGCGGACAGCGUGUACCGGAUGCUGGCGGUGAAGCUGAACAAAUUUGGCCUCCCGACCGUGCGUCGCUGUGCAACGAACGAAAAUCGUACAUGCGCCUGUCAAGGUACGAACGGGCUCGAUCCAGAACUGUGCGGCGUCUCGUACAGCUUCGGGUGCAGCUGGUCCAUGUACUACAACGGGUGCAAGUACGCACGUUCGAAGACGGUGCGCAAGUUCCGGCUGUCGGUGAAGAACGAAGAGGCCGAGAUUGAGGAGCGCAUGAACGUGCUGGCGACGAUGUUGAGUCCGCUGUACGUGACGGUCGCACCCCAGGCCUUCCAGAACCAGGUGCAGUACGAGCGGGAGGCACCCGACUGUCGGUUGGGUCUGAAACCGGGCAAACCAUUCUCAGGUGUGACGUGUUGUUUGGACUUUUGUGCCCAUACGCACCGCGAUCUGCACAACAUGCAGGACGGCUGCACCGUGCAGGUGACCCUGCUGAAACCACUACCACCGGGCGUUAAGCCGGACGACGAACAGCUGCACGUGCUGCCCCUCUACACGAUGGACACGACGGACGAGUUUGACAGUGAGGAGGGCCAGAAGAAGAAGCACGAAACCGGCGCCGUGCAGGUGCUGGAGAAAUUCCAAACGGAGGUACGCGUUCGCUCGACACCGCUGCAGCCCUGUCGGAGGCAUGGCAAGAAGCGCGGCAAUGGAAAGGACGAAAAGCUCGGCAAGGAUGGGUCGGAUGGUGCGGCCCCGGAUACACCGCCGCCCCCACCGCCACCAACGAAGAAGGAAAGCAAAUCGAAGAGCAAAAAAUCGUCAGCGGCAUCGACCGCAUCGAACAGUGGCGGGACGGCGGCUAACAGUGUCGCAUCGCCGGGUGCCGGCGGCAGUGGUUCCGGCGGCGCGGGUGGUUCGUCGGGGUCUGGAUCUCCGCGUGCCCAUACGCCCGGCAGCCAUAAGUCAACGGGCAGUGGGAAAGGUUCGAGCAAUGCCACGCUUGAUCCGGUCACGGGCGUACUGACGGAGAAGCAUAGUUCCCCGCUGCACGGACAGGGUGGUGCGAUCGGGGUUGGCGUCGCGGGCGGAUUGGUAGCAGGUGGUAAUGGCGGUUCCGGCACCAGUGCAUUCACCGCACCGAACACGAUCAACUCGCCGAACUCGGUGGCGAACAACAACACGAACAGCACGCUCAUCGAUAUGGCGUCGAUGAUUGACAAUUUCACGGACGCGCAGCUGCAGUCGAACCAGAUCUCGAGCACGGUGCUGGAUUCGCCGUACAGCUACGACUACAACACCGGCCAGUACAUCGACAACCGGCAGUAUUACAACAAUUGGCCCACGGAUUACUACGGCAACCGGGGCGAUCCGAGCAAGUUGGCGGGGCUGGGUCGGAACGAGGAAAUCCCGGAUACGACCACGCGUCCCGGUAGCAACAGCAGCAACUCGGCCUUUAGCCCGAGCAUUCCGGAUCCCACGAAAACACCCACACCGAUUCACAUGGAUGAUUAUGGCAGUACGAAGCUGAACCAGGGUCAGGUGCACCAUCAUCAUCAUCAGCUGCAACAGCAGCAACAGCAGCAGCAGCAGCAACAGCAGCAGCAGCAGCAACAGCAGCACCAACAGCAACACCAACAGCAACACCAACAGCAACAUCAGCAACAGGCUCAGCAGCAGACGCAGAACACGUACCACACGUUGCAGCAGCCCGAGCAGGGUUUCGUGAAGCCGAAGCCACCGGAUUACAAUCCGGCCGCCGGGUACGGUUACCACCAUCCGAAUACCCCGAUGGGUUACGGUUACCACCAUCACCACCAUCCACCGUACCAUCACACGCCGUACGAUCCGUACCAGAACUACAACUACGGCUAUCCGCCCCAAAGCUACCACCAUCAUCACCACACGACAUAUCACAACAUGUAUCCGGCAGCGGCGGCCGCAGCAGCCGCCGCCCAAACGCAACUCCCCGGUACGGGUCCGGCUCCACCACCGCCACCCACCGCGGUCAUACCGGCACCGCCACCGCCCUCCAACUGGAACCUGUACCCACCGCAUCUCGGUACCGGACCAACCACCGCCCAACUGCACGUAGCGGCCGCCGCAGCCGGUGCACUCGGCAAACAGUCCGAACUGGGUGCGGUGGGCGGUGGAGCGGGCGGACUGAUGGCCCAGUCGGUGGUGGCACCGCAGGCGCCGGCACCACCACCGCCGGCCCCGCUACCACCCAAAGAAACGCUCGGCGAGGUGACGGAAACGAACGAGAAUCUGGACUGCUUCGAGGAUCCGCAGAUGGGCGGUGUGGCGAUAGCGUUACCGCACGGUAGCGUCAUCAUCGAGUGUGCGAAGCUCGAGAUGCAUUCUACGACGGCCGUGAAGAAACCGAACCGGCUGAACCCGACGCGCAUGACGCUGAUCUUCUACCAGCACCGGAACCUGAACCGGCCGAAGCACGGUAUCGCCGAAUGGGCGGAAAAGAUGCGGCUCAAGAAGCUCGGCAUACCGACGAAUGAUCCGCUGGACGAUAAGGAUAUGCUGCUGGAGGACGACAUCAAGGCGGAACCGCUCGACGAGCUGCACCAUAUGCGUCAUAUGGGUGAUGAACAUGACAUGAUGGACGUAGAGUAUCCGGGUGUCUAGUGGUGAGAGAAGGAUCUGCCAUCGAGGCUAACGACACUGGAUGAGCAGAUCGGAUCACAAGACGUUACACCACAGCCACAGCCGGCCG